AGAUCGUAAAACCUAAGGGACAGAUGUGGUUACACUAUAAAACCAAAGGUAUUGUUCGCAGGUUAGCUAGUACUCAAGGAAGCUAGCAGGAUUUAGCUGCUCAGGAUUUAGGUUUCCAUGCUCAGGACCCCUCAAACAUGAAGAAAUGCCUUGAAUACACCUUGCUCCUUAUCGUCUCAAUGCUUCAAGGCUCGAAGCAGCAGAGGAUCAUUGGAGGACAGGAGGUUCAGCCAUACUCCAUAAAGUACCAGGCCUCUGUCCAGUACAACAACUACCAUUACUGCGGAGGAACACUCAUACACCCGCAGUGGGUGGUCAGUGCUGCCCACUGCUGGAGACCGAGCUAUUUAAUCAAAGUGGUGUUAAGUGAACAUGACCUCUCUAAAAUCGAGGGCUUUGAGCGGGUGUUCAAUGUGUCCAAGGCCCUGGUGCAUUACAUGUACAAUUACAGGACGUUUGAUAGUGACAUCAUGCUUCUGAAAUUGGAGAAGCCAGCAGAGCUAAGUGCCACCAUCCAGCCAGCUGUGCUGCCGGUCUCCGUCCCGGCUCUACAGGGCGGCACAGUGUGCAUCGUGAGCGGCUGGGGCGUCACUCAGGUUUACAGCUAUUACCUGUCGCCCGUCCUGCGAGCCGUGGAUGUCCAGAUCAUCCCGCAGUGCCAGUACUAUUACUACUACAGGAUCACAGACAACAUGGUGUGCGCCGGCUCCCCGCUGGGCGGAAAAGACUCCUGCCAGGGCGAUUCUGGCGGGCCGCUCAUCUGUAAUGGUUAUUUUGAGGGCAUCGUGUCCUGGGGCAUCAGCUGUGCCAACGCUUAUUUUCCUGGGGUCUACACCAAAGUCCGCAACUACAUUCCCUGGAUGACCUGGAUAAUCGACAACGACACCAGCUAGAAUGUUGUUUCCAAUGGUUGUUGAAGUGCGGUACUGUUAAAAAUACCACCAGAUGGUUGUAAGGAUACUCAAUAAGAUGGUCAAAGUCUGUUAGAUAAAAUAGGAGAAUCAAAUAUACACAGUUGAAGUCAGAAUUAUUAACGCUACUGUGAAUUUGUUUGUCUUUUUCAAAUAUUUCUUAAAU